AUGGUUUCCGCUAAACACCUUAGUGUAGUGGCUAUGGGCCUUAUCCCCGCCGCCAUGGCCUGCUUGGGAUACGAGGGUGGCGUUCCCACGGCGACUUCCACCAAGACUAACUCGAAGGUUAUCACAGUCCCCGCUGGUACUGUCUACGACGGUGGCUGGGCCAGGUUUGACCGUGGCUCGGGUGCUUGCGACGCUGACGCAGUCUUCCUUCUUGGUGCCGGUGCGACUCUUCAGAAUGUCAUCAUUGGUAAGAACCAGCAGGAGGGCGUCCAUUGCAACGGUCCCUGCACCUUGAGGUUUGUUUGGUUUGAAGACGUCUGCGAGGAUGCCAUCACCAUUAAAAACGACAAGAAGGGAGAGGAGACGUGGAUCAUUGGUGGUGGCGCGUACCAUGCCUCAGACAAGAUUGUCCAGCAUAACGGCUGUGGUACUGUCAACAUUAUCAACUUCUACGCCGAGGACUACGGCAAGGUCUACCGAUCGUGUGGUAACUGCAGCUCGCAGUGCCAGCGAAACGUCUAUGUCGAAGGCACUACGGCCUACGAUGGCGGCGAAAUCGUCGGCAUCAACUCCAACUACGGCGACACUGCUACUCUGAAGAAUGUCUGCACCGAUGCUGAUCAUCCUUGUGUCUUGUACAAUGGAUGCUCCAACGGCUGCGAGCCCUCCAAGGUUGGCUACUGCUCUGGAUAAGAGCUUUGUUGAAUGAAUCCUUACCUUUCAAUCUGAAUAAUCGAAUUAUUUGGAAAGACUUCUUUUGGGACAAAUUCUGGGGAUCUGAAACCCGACGUCUUUUUCUUGUAUCUACUUUCACUCAUUUAGCUAUGCAGCCUACGUUGGCAACUUCCGCAAUUGAGGCAUUGCCAAUGCUUGGCACACAACUAGCUUGUAACUUGGCUAGUGGAUUGUUUUCUCAAACUUGAACAUCCUGAAUAGGUUUUUGCAAUCAAAAUAAACUACAAACCUUCCGUGGAUUUUAAAUGGGGUCGAGACCUAGUACAGCUUCUGGUGCAUGAUCGGAAAAUCCCCUCGAUGACCCCGUUUUG